UGCGCCCUCGCCUGUGCGUUCCUGCGAGCCAGCACCUGCUCCUCAAUGGUGUCGUGCGCGUGUGUGUGAUCGACGCAAGUGCCGCCGUGUAGUAUACAGGGAUCUCACCGCAACCAGAAGUGUCGCCCUCUACAGAAACAAGAGAGCGAAGAAAGCAGCAGCACGGUCCAACGGAGACAGUACCUAGGAGUUGCUUUGCUUCGCCGUUCAACGAAGUGCUGACAAAAAGUGUCACAGAGGUGUUCCGUUACUUCACGCGUCGUUAAAGUUGCCCGCCGAUCAGUGCUGUUAUUGCAAAAACAAGAAAAACUGCCUGCCGCAGGGAAGCCAAAAAACUGGCCGUUAGCUGUGGUGCACCGCGCCAGAGGCAGAGACCGUCUGCAACACCGUCGGCGGACCGAGCAACGCUGUGAGGAACCGGUGGGCCGCGACGUUCACCGCGUGUGAGUUGCUUCUGCGAGUUCGGUCGAAGAAAGAAGACGACGUGCCGCUCCCGGAGUUCGGCGUGGUGCCCUCGGCGGGCGACGGGUCGGGCCCGCCUGCGCGUGGUUCCGAAGGUUCGCCGUGCGGCGGCGGCGACGGCGCUGUCCUGGAGGCCAACUCGUUCCCAGCGCUGGGUGGCGCAGACUGGUCGUCGAGCGCGGGGCGCUGCUGGAUGCAGGCGCCCCACUCGGCGCCCAGUAUGGCGCUCAGCACCAUCAGACCAAUCUUCGCCGGCUACCCCUUCCAAGGCCAAGGUCGCGUUAACCAGCUGGGUGGCGUGUUCAUCAACGGCCGGCCGCUGCCUAACCACAUUCGACUGAAAAUCGUCGAGAUGGCGGCCGCCGGCAUCCGGCCCUGCGUCAUCUCCCGCCAGCUCAGGGUGUCGCACGGAUGCGUCUCCAAGAUCCUCAACCGCUACCAGGAGACCGGCAGCAUCCGGCCGGGCGUGAUCGGCGGCAGCAAGCCCCGGGUGGCGACCCCCGAGGUGGAGAAGCGCAUCGAGGACUACAAGCGCGAGAACCCGGGCAUCUUCUCGUGGGAGAUCCGUGACCGGCUCAUCAAGGAAGGUGUGUGUGAGCGCGCCAGCGCCCCUUCGGUCUCGUCCAUCAGCAGGCUGCUGCGCGGACCGCGGGACGAGGACGAGGACCCCAAGGCGAUGCUGCUGCAGCACAAGCACUCCAUCGACGGCAUACUCGCCGCCAAAGAGAUGACCCCCGGGUCCCGCCUGUCCGGCGGCGAGUGCAGCCUGGACUCGUUCUCGGACGGCGAGUGCGGAGGCGACUCGACGGCCGAGCCGGGGCUGACACUGAAGCGGAAGCAGCGCCGCUCGCGCACCACCUUCUCGGCGGCGCAGCUCGACGAACUGGAGAAGGCGUUCGAGCGGACCCAGUACCCGGACAUCUACACGCGCGAGGAGCUGGCACAGAGGACGCGCCUCACCGAGGCAAGGGUCCAGGUAUGGUUCAGCAAUCGGCGCGCGCGCUGGCGUAAGCAGAUGGGCAGCCAGCACAUGAACGGCUUCACGGCGCUCAGCCUGCCCGUGUACCCGGCCGCCGCCGCAGCCGCUGCUGCUGCCAAUCCAUAUCUCCUGCAGCCCACCGAGCCAGCGUCCCAGCCCUACGCGCCGCCGCACCACACAACCCAGGCGCCGCAAGAGGCCGUUCCUCCGCCGGUGGUUCCGACCAUGGGUCACGGUUCAUCGGACCCGCGGACGAGCACAUAUGGUGCUGAUCAGCACUACGGCGCGACCCAGCAGCCGCUCAAGCCGCAGAUGCUGAACAUGCUCCCGGGCCCUGCGGACUACGGCAGCCUCCAGCAACAGGACGAAUGGCGCACGCAGGCGGCGGCGGCGGUCAGCCAAGGGAGCUGCUGGCCCUCGGCCGCGCCGUCCGCGGCCCCGACAGCCCCGAGUGCCGCUGCGGCCACAGACCCGUCGUCGUUCGGCGCGGACGCCUUCGUGUCGCCACCCUUCGGUGCGUCGGGACUGGACCUCAAGGCAUCCUUCUACUACCCGGGACUUAGGGGACUGUCGCUCUGACCCCACUACCGACCGCUUUGUACAUAGCUCAUCGCAGGCAAACUACAGUGACGCCUCUUGUCAUCACAAACUCGGCCCCCAAGCUCCGUCUUACCAAGGCCCGCGCCGGAUGAACCCACAGACUCCUCCACCAGUGAGGAUGUUUUGCACAGGCCAGUGCUCGCCUGCAGGUGGUCAACUCCCGACGUACUUCCGAGAAGUACUCGCGCGUCAGGUGUCGCUCGUGUGAACGGUGACGCUCGAAAAGGAAAACAUCGCCCGCGGCGAUUUCGCCUUGGCUUCGUUCAAACGCUUACGGCGAAUGGCAGUCGUCGUUCAGAGAAGCUAUAUACGUAUAUCGCAGAGCCAAAUGUGUCAGAGGGCAACGUAAUGCUACGUGCUGGAUCACGGCGGAAACAAACUGUCACGCGUAGGAAGCAGGUCGAAAUGUUUCGGUUGAAUGCGUGACCGAACGGUGGAGCAAGACAGCGAUCUGCAGCGGAGAGAUUCGGUCCAAAACGACCAGUCGGGAAGGCGAAUCCCCCCCUCCCAUCGAGUGGUCAGUUGCAAAUGUUCCGCCGCGGAUCAGGAUACCUUGUUCCAGAUCGAAGAGGGGAAUUCGCCUAACUCAUCAGCAGAUCCGUGCAGCGAAGUUGGGCGUUCGUUGAAGCUGUGCAGCCAGUGCGGCGAAACGUUGCUUUCCACGCGGUGUAAUUUGCUUCUUACAUCGUUCCGCAAAGCAGAUACACGUAUGCAACUCUGUGUGCUGCAUUAUGAGCAACAUUAGAGUGUUUUAGUUGAGCGUCUUUACGGUCCGCUCCGCUCCGAGCUGCCCCGCUAAGCCACAGCGGAGCGGCGGGCGAUUUUCACCUUUUAGUUGUGCGUUUAGGGUAGCGGAGCGGACCUUUCGUAGUUACAGCGCCCUCUGGCCAAAUUCAGCGCAGUGAAACAAAAUA